CCUGCUCUCUUCGAUAUUUUCAGUGCUCCAACUACUGCAGAGUUACCGCUGAAAAGACAGUUGAAAUAAAAAAGCCCAGUCCAAAAAUAUCAAGGUCACGAAGCCUCCGAAGCAGGAAACCUAACUGUGUCACGCGAAGAAUGGCAACGCGUCUUGCCGUCUCGUCCCCCAGAUCUCACUCUGCUGUCGUGGCGCAGCCAAGACAAGCCCGACAGGAUUGAAAUCGCAGCAGGCUACCAGUCGCGGCGAUCACUCUGCCGAAGUCUGCCGAGUUGAACUCGCAGCAUCUUUCCAACCCAUACGCUCCUCGCCCACUUGCGUAGCCUUUCAUCAAACAUCGGCGCCCACCUCCUUACUCCUGACAAUCACGGAACACAUUACUCUCUCACCCUCAUGGGUUAUCAUUCUUGGACGUUCACAGCGCUGGUGGACGAGCUACGUUAUGUUAGGUCUAUCAAAAUUCCCAGAAAUGCCACCAAAGAUGACUUGGUUAGUCUCUUACGACACAAUGACGAACAGCGCCACAAGUUCCAAGCCAUGAAGAAUGAAACCACGCCUCGUGUUAAGCAACCAGCCCCGAUAUCCUCAAAGUCCUACAACGAAUGCCCACCAAUGCUACUAUGCCUGGCAGCCUUGACCGUCGGCCUCGUCGCUAUACAGAUCUUCAUGAAGUUCAUAUAUUCCUAUGUGUGUACUUUGCCUUGGCUGCCGAUUCCCGAUGCGUUGGCGGACACGUGGUUGUACUCUGAAGUUUUGCUGGAUAUCGUGAUGGCUGGGGCUAUUGUUUUGGUGACCAUGUAUUGGGGUUCGUGGUAUCUUGGGCUCUGGUUCAACUUCCUAUCGGUUUCGGCUUAUCCGAAUCUCCUGCUUCCGUCCUUUUCCAUCACGAAGUCAUACCUCCGUGGCGCACUUCGACCGUUGAAGGUGACCAAGUAUCCCACUAUGGUUUUGCGCCUUCUGAGACUGAACGCCCUCAUUACGGCAUGCACUCAGGAUCUUCAAAGCCAGUACUGCGAUAUUCUUCAACAAGACACUAGUCUAUCGCUUGCACUAGUUGACUCGUGCCAGCAUCAGGAGGAGGUUUCGCCCACACUGGAAAUGGCAACCGUUCAUCCGCAGGCGCGGACGGAAUGUGACGAGGGAGUAUUGGGCACCACAGCCUUGGAAAAGCAACAACAACAUACUGGACAACCACACACAAUACGACAGCAGUAUCAGGGACAGAUUGAACAAGUGGGACAGCAUACCAAUGAUGAUCUCCGGACAUUGGUGCACGAAGGCCAAAACGCAAUCCAAGAUAUACAAGGCUUCUACGAAAGUCAAAUCGUUGAGCUGAAACAGGCUUGUGACGCGCAUGUUACGGAGAUCGAACUAUUGAAGGCCAUGCUCGGAGAUUCUGAACAGCAAAAGGCCAUUCAGCUAGAGGUCCACAAGUCCGCUGCCCUGAGAUCUCGGGCUUUGUGCGAAGCCGUGGUGAAGCGCCUUGUGCGUGUCAGGCAACGGAGCUGGGUGCUGGCGCGCUUCUUUGCUCCUGCCAACGUCGAUCCCAAAUCCGCCAACGUCAAGAUCGCUCACGAUGAUCCUUCCGCGAUUGAGAUACAUUCCGAGAACAACAGGGUUGAGAAGCUUCCCGGGUUCCUUAGUGUUCUUCCCGCUGUGGCCACUAAUGCGGAUAUUUGGCACAGUGUACGACCACUGCUGAUCAGUCUCCUUGAUCCAAGCCUGCAGCCGGAGUAUCUGGUGACCAUCGUCGACGGACAGACUGGGAGUGGCAAGUCAUUCACCAUGUUCGAUCGUGAUGACAGCGUUAUGCCGUUGACAGCGGCAGAACUCUUCGUGCACCUGAACCAGGAAGGCUGCAAUUUUACCGUCGAAUGUGCUGCAGCAGAGGUAUACCGAGGCAAAGUCGAAGACCAGUUCCGAAGAGAAGCUCAGGAGCGACGGAAGGAUGUCAAACGAUGGGAAGACCUGCAGUAUCGCAAUUGCACAUCGGCCAAAGAACUGACGCAGAACCUUCGAUACGCGCAUCAAAAUCUCCACCGGUCAGUGACCGGUAGAAACUGCCGUUCGUCGCGAGGGCAUUUCUGCGUCAUUAUCCGUAUCCUCAGCCAUGAGUCUAAGUCUGGUGCGCGUCGGCCGAAGGGCGUCUACUCUCGCUCGAUCGUACUGGUUGAUCUAGCAGGAGCGGAAAAGGAAGAGAAUGGAGCAUGGGAGACCGAGUCCUUGAGGGUGGAACGCCAAGCAAUCAACCGCGAUCGUACCGACUUUCACACUUGGCUCGAGGGGCGCUGCGACGGACACUUCUCCAGACCCACGAGAGCGUUGGGUACUUUCUUGUGGCCUGCAUUGGCUGACGAGGAGCGAUGUCUCUUGGCUUAUAUCUGUUGUCUGAGAUUGGCUGAUGCGUCAGAUGUCGACGCUCAGCACUGGGCGGAGGAGGAUGCGAGACGCGCUGGCAAGGUUGCUUCCACAUGGCUAAGGCGCGAAGUCAAAUAA